AUGGAUAAACAACUAAAUUAAACUGAAAUAUUAUAAGAACUUGGAGAGGUUGUGCUAAGCGCAUCAAAACAUAAUUCAUCAAUAAUUACUGAAAGUAAUAAUCUCAUAGAUUUGGUUGGAUAAAUUUAAUCUCAUUAACAUCAAAGGGUUAGUUCUCCUUUUUAGUAGUCAUCUAAUUAUCAAAGGUCUUCAGGUACAUAAGAUUUACUAUUAAAAAGAUUUGUUGAUAAAAAUAUGGAUUUGCUUAGAUCUAAAUAACCUACAGCUUAAAGUCAUUAGAGAGAUUAGACUCAAUCUAGUAUGUCAAACGAUCUAAUAAAGAAAAUAGAAGAACUACAGAGGACUAAUGUUAUUAGAAUCCACUAAUAAUGA